AGCCAGUCCGCUCAAUACCCUCCUCCUUAUCUUAGCCGUUCAUGUCCUCGUCGUCUGCGACGGCGUCGGAAUUGCGCUCACCAUCACCUCGAACCCCUGCGCCCUCCGCCGCCCACGAUACCGCCACCGCCGUCCCAAGCGAAUUCUGGUUCGCGUCACCGAAGUUGAGAAUGUCUGAGAUGCCCUGGGCUGGCGCAGACGGCGUAUCAGCAUACCCGCAAAAGGUCGAUGAUCAGAGCAUGCUGCGUCUGGACGAGCUGCUCGAGGAGAACGCCUACGACGAGCCUUCUCAAGCAGGAUCGGAUAUGGCAUCGGUGCAGCCUUCCUCAACCGCGUCCUCUACUCCAGCACCCGCUCCUACGCCCAUGGACAUGGUCCCUGUCCUUACCAGUUACAGUCCCGAGUCAAACUUCCUGACCGCACCGGCUGCACCACUCACAUCUACCAAACCCGUUCCCCCUCCCGCUCCCCUCCCUCGGAGAUUCGAUCCAAACAUGUUCAACCAGAAGGUCGUAUACCCCCCUAAGGAAGCCUGCUUCAACCUGCCAGUCAUGUUCCCCUCGAUCCCGGAAAGCGGCACGAAGUCGCGAGUGGAGACGCAGAUUCGCGUUACGAUGGACCUCGCAGAUGGAACUGCUACCUCAGAGUCCCGUCGGUACGAUCGAGUGGGAACAUGGAAGUGGCUGCGGCUGCCUGCUGGUACGGCGACAAAGAAGCCAACACGCAAGCAGGGCAAAGUUGAGGCCGACCCGCAGGAUACGCUAUACCUGACAGCCAACGUCAGUUGCGCGUCUCCGCCUCAUAGCCAAGUGAUCAGCUGUUCAAGCUGCCGGACUCGAGAAGCUAAGCGCGUUGCAAAGAAGAUCGCCGCUCGUGUAAAGCCUCAGAAGUCAGACGGCGAUGCCAUGGACGAUAAGACGCAGGAAGACACGACCAGCAUUCUGCAGUUUAACUGCGCAGACACCAUCGAGUUUUCCAACGGCUCCGUUGUCCUUCCCAUCCGCAUCACCUGCUACUGCCGACACCACCGGGAAAAAGUUGGCUUCAGGCUGAAUUUCUCGCUAGUCGAUCAUGUCGGUCGUCUCGUCGGUAUAGGUGCCUCACCACCCAUCAUGAUCACCGACGACCACAAGACGGCCAGUGCCAGCAGUGCACGCCAUGGAGAUGCCAUGAAUGGUUAUCCGGUCAUGGACUCGGACUGGUCUCAGGGGGGCGCCGACCAGGCACUCAAGCGCAAGAGACGGCUGGCGGAUGCAUCUGCCAAAAAGAAGCCCUACGACUCUGCGGGCAAGCCUGAACGCCAAGCCAGGCAAUCGAGCGUCGUGAGCGCGCCGUCCCCAGCGUCGUCGACCUCCUCCGUUCCUUUAACCCGAUCCCCUUCACCUCCGUCCGGCCUGUCGUACCCAAGCUCGGAACCACCUUCGCAUUCACAGGUUCCGUCGUUGCAGAACUCAUCGCACGAGUCCGAGUCGUCGCCAGAUGGGCCCUCAACGCCUCUCGACUAUAGCCCGGACAUUCAAAUGCUGUCUGCCGUGUUGCAAGAGGAAACCAACCCGAUGCUCACACCGACGACGAAUGGACUGCAGCAGACCUCCAUGGUCUCCUCUCCUAUCGAUUCCUACCCCUUUAUGUACUUCGGUCAAGCACCUGCUGCCCCGCCAGCUCUGCAGAUCCCGACCAUCCACCGCCUCAUCCCCAAUACCGGGCCAACACACGGUGGGAUUGAGGUGACCGUGCUGGGCGCGAACUUCCACGCCAAUGUUGCGCUGCACUGUGUGUUCGGCGAUGUUGUGGCGAGCUCGACGCAGAGGUGGAGCGAGAAUACGCUCGUGUGCAUUCUCCCGCCGCGAGCUACACCUGGGGUGGUCGCCGUUUGGAUCGACGGCUUCCCCAAGGCAGAUGAUCCAUCUGUCAUGCCGACCUCCCUCUUCACCUACUCUGAUGAAUCGGACCGUGCUCUCAUGGAGCUUGCUCUGCAAGUCGUCGGUCUCAAGAUGACGGGUAAGAUUGAGGACGCGAAGAAUGUUGCCAUGCGCAUUGUGGGCAACACUGGCGACGGUUCCGACCAGCCGACAGGCACUGCGCCGAACUCGAUGCAGCUCGCUACGCGAGAGCUGCGUCCCUUCCUGCUACAGCAGGUGGGCGAGAACGCCGACUUCGAGAAGGUCAUUACGAACUUCCUGUCGGUCAUGAACACGCCCGUCGAGCAUGCAUCCGCUGCGAAGGUGUCGAUUCCCGACGCUCUCGCGUACACGACGGCCAGCGGGCAGACGCUCCUGCAUCUCGCGGCCUUCCUCAAGUACGCUGGCCUUACCCAGUUCCUCGUCGAUCAUGGUGCGGACAUCGACGCCCGGGACCGCAACGGGUACACCUCGCUCCAUGUAGCUGCCCUCGUCGGCUCGAAGGAGGUGGCAGCAUGCCUGCUCAACGCUGGCGCAGACAGGGAAAUUGUUAACGCCCUUGGGAAGACGGCCGAGGAGGUCGCCGCGGAUGGCUUCUUUGACGACAUUAUCCGCACUGAGUCUCCGGAGACCGUGCGCUACGAGUCGGAAGAGGAGGCGCACUGGGGCGACGCAGAGGAAGAGUCCGAGGACGAGCACCUGCUGAGGCGGAGGCGACAAACGAGGCGCCGCCCGUCUGGUCAUUCGACACCGGUCAAGAAGCACAGCAUGGCGAGGCUGACGGAGGACCGUCCGGCGAGCAGGGCGGGCAAGCAGGAGAAGCUGCCCGAGAAGCUACCGGGCGUCCCUGACGACAAGCAGGCCGCGUCGCUCGUCGAGAUGAUCCAUAAGACAUUUUUCCCGCAGCUGCCCCUACCCCAACUUCCGAAUUUCCCCCAGCUACCCGGAGUGCUUCAGAACAUCCCCGUCUUCCCGGUCUAUGUGCCCAUGAUGCCCAACUGGGCGCAGCUGGGGCGCGGAGGCGGGAACGGCGAGGCAGAGCCUGCGGGCGUCGGCGCGAACGCGGUGAAGGCAGCGCAGGACUUCCGCAGCCAGUGCGACAAGUGGCUGGCCCAGGUCCUGCAGUUGCAGCAGGCGCAGCAACAGCAACAGCAGGCGGAGGAAGACAUUGCACCUCCGGCAUACACGCCGCGACGUGUGGUGGAGAAUGGGCCGGAGCAGGCGGAGGGCUCGCGCUCGCGCAGGCGUGCAGAGUAUGACAUCCACCAGGUCUCAGCGAAGGAGGUCGACUCGUAUGGAUACCAGCCAACGGCGCGUCAACAACAGAAGCUGCAGAAGAAGCAGGAUCGUAUGCUCGUCCUCUUCUGGCUGCCCAUCCUCUUCAUGUCCAUCAUCUGGGGCAUGUUCACCGGAGUGCAGUUCGCAUGGCAAAUGUUCACAGCGUCGCUCCCUCUUCCUUCCGUUCUGCGGCAUUAGAUGUCGGUUUCUUGGACAUUCUCCUUCUACUACUCCCUCUGUAUCUAUACUGCUCACCGUCACCUACUUACUUACCUGUUGCUUGGGGGGUCUCGUCCGCACUUCUUCCUUUAUUUGCCUUUCUUUCAUAAACAUGCAUCGGUGAUGCUCGAGGAUUUUAGUAUAAGUAUCCCGUUGUAUAGCUAGGAUACGCCUGUCAUAAACCCCUUGUCUGUACGCUAAGAUACACAUUUGCAUAGUGCUUCUGUAUACCUAGGCCGCUGUGAGCGCCGGCUUAGCCUGCGUAAUCCAUGUGAACUUCAAUAAAA